AUGUCGCUCUCAAACAAGCGUUUCUCGCGCUCUCAAAUCUCCUCACUCACCUUCUGGCAGACAGGCUGCAAAAAGCAGAUGGAAACCCACCUCCAGCUGCUUACAAUAACCCCAAUCCAAACUUGUCUGCUCCAGAUGGAGGUCCUGGCACAAGCAGAGGCAGCAGCAGCAGCACAAGCAGCAGCAGCAGCAGCAGCAGAGGCAGCAGCAGCAGCAGCAGCAGCAGGGGAGGAACAGACUGCAUUGGAGGCGGAAGACCAGAAAACAGAGCAGCAGCAGCAGCAGCAGCAGCAGCAGCAGCAGCAGCAGCAGCAGCAGCAGCAGCAGCAGCAGCAGCAGCAGCAGCAGCAGCAGCAGCAGCAGCAGCAGCAGCAGCAGCAGCAACAGCAGCAGCAGCAGCAGCAACAACAAUCCCAACAGCAGCAGCAGCAGUGUAAGCAGCAGAAACGCAAGUCUUCGCCACUCUCUACUCCUUGCCGCAAAUACCGCGGAGUGCGGCAGAGAAAGGCGGGCCAUUGGGUGGCAGAAAUAGAGGACACAGCUAACAAUGUGCGCAAGUGGCUCGGAACAUUUUCCACUCCCGAAGCUGCUGCCCGCGCAUUCGACCAAGCUGCCCGGGAGCUCCGCGGGCCCCGUGCAAAGACGAAUUUUCCGCUGACCGAGGAGCAGGCGGGCAGUGGUGGAGAGAGGGAUUAUGACAGGGAGAGGGCUGUAAGGAGAAGAUCCUCCAAAGGAGUUGUGGGUGUACAUGGGGGUUUUGAUUCUGGUGGUGGUGAUAAGGAUGAAAAAAUUGUGGGUGGGAUGCUUCAUGGUGGUGUGGAGCUGGGUUCUGCUAGGAGUGUGGAUGGGAAGGAGCAGGAGAAGCGGGACCAGGAGGAGGACGUAGACGAAGCCGAAGAGGGGAGUGCGAAGGUGAUUGGGAAGGACAAUGAUGGAGGGGAGGAUGGAAGGGAGGAUGAGGGUCAAUAUGCACGUGGAUACUUCAUGAAUCUGAUUUCAAGUGAAAGUGCAUGUGCAAAUGCAGGGAACACAUGCACGACGGCUCUCGACUCAAGAGAGAGUGCAUGUGUGGCUGUAGGAGAUCCCAACAGAGGGGCAUGGGCGUGUGCAUUUACAGAACCAGCCUACCCUUCGCCUGCCAGCUAUAAGAUCGCGGGACUUGGCUCUCAGCUUGCUGCCCCUGUUGCUCCGGAGAUCGCUAGUGGAAUGCGCUUGCUGCAAGGGCAGGAGUUGGUGAUGGGGGGAGCGGCAUUGAUUGGGGUUGGAGGAGAGCCUUUGCUUUUUGAGAAUACUCUGGUAGAUACACGGAUCACGGCAGGCGCAAGCAAUCUGGCAGUGCUGAUUGGGAAUACCCCUGACGGUUCAGUGAUGGCAGAUGGAGAGCGUGUGCUGGUCGGGGAUGCUCUGGAAGAGGGAGCGGUAGUGGGAGGAGCAAGCAAUCUGGCAGUGCUGAUUGGAGAUGCUCUGGAAAUCACAGAAGUGGAGCGCUUGGUGCUUGAAAAUGCUUUGGAAGAGGCACGGAUCGGGGGAGGAGCAAGAAAUCUGGCGGCAGUGAUUGGAGGAGAAGGAGCACAGGUCGCAGGAGGAGAAGAUGAUCAGGCAGAGCUGAUUAAAGAUGAGCUACGAUCUGAGAGGAUGCCGCUACACUCAGAUGGAUUUGGGUGUGCAGGGGACAGGAAGCUGGCAGAUGGCUUUGGAUGUGCUGGGGAUAGGAACCCGGCAGGGCAGUCCGGAGAUGAAGGAGCGGAGGAGGAGGAGGAAGGGGAGCGUUGGGAGAAUUCAAGGAAGGAAGAAGAGGAAGGGAUGCAAGGGGAUGCAGAGGAGUGGAAUGUGGUGCUGAGUCACAUGCAGGAGGUUGCUGCUACUGCGUCUUCAGAGUCAGGCAAUGAUGGGAUGGACACUUGGAUACUGGAGGAUAUAAUGCCGCUUGAUGGGUGA